CGCCGACCACACCGGUUCAAGGUUUCCUGUGAUUCUUUAGCGUUGUUCGUAGGUUCGUGCAUCAGUUCGUGCGUUGCUACACCGGUUCAAGGUUUCCUGCAAGUCUUUAGCGUUGUUCGUAGGUUCUGCAUCGGUUCGUACGUUGCAUAUGCUCUUUGAUACUAGAGGCUCAGGAUAUUACUGAUUUAGGCUCUCUGAAUCAAGCAGCAAAGAUCUUUAUUCUAGGAACUAAAAUAUGAGUUACAGGACUAAAAGAACAUUGGUAGCUAUUGACGAAGGGUCGAGCAUUGCUGCAUCCAAGUCCCCAAAAUCUUCUGAUCCAUCCACCCAAAACUGGGGACCGUUCAGUCCUCCAACACUUGGAGUGUCACAGACAUUUGGGACGGUAUCACAACCCAUUAAGCAACCAGUAGCUGCUAAAAAAACCAUGGUUGCACCACAAUCAUCCUUGCCUCGGCCUACUUCCAUGGUUUCAAAGCCACAACUGAAGGCAUUAUCAAAACCAUCCUUUACCCAGACAAAACCAUCCUCUAACCCAUUACAACAACCAAUUCGGCCCACUCUUACAGGAACAACACAAAGUAGAUGGUAUAAAGGACCUACGUUUCCCAAUCUGACUGAAAUUGCAACACAAAAAGCGUCAACACCGAAUCCACACCAGCCUACUAUGCAGCCUGUGUUGCAGCCUUUCAAAGCUACCUUGCAGCCUUCUUUGCAGCCUUUCAAAGCUUCCCAACAGCCUCAAACAGCUACCAAUCAGCCUCAAAAAACUACCCAUCAGCUUCACAAAGCUACACAACAGCCUCAAAAAGCUACACAACAGCCGGUAUCUUCUUUUACAAGUGUCAAACCACAUUUAGAGAAAAGAGCAUUUGUUGCACCUUUGGGAGCAACAAAACAUGUGAUGUCACAAUCUCCUACACCACCAGACACCAUGGCAAUGAAAAAGAGAAACGGGAAGCAAGAAGGUCAGUUGCCUCCAACAUACAUGCAUGUGAGUGAGAAUGCAUUUCAACCUCUGCGAUCUCCUCCAUCCAAUCAGGUUGAGAGUGAAGUUAUGCCAAACUACAACUGGGACGAAUUUGAAGAAUCGGCUUCUGAGAGUGAAAAUGAAUUUGAUCAAGGAGAAGGAAGUGAUACUGCUGUGAAGAAAGCAACACUUCGACAUCGAAUCAUUAUUCCAAAUUGGCCAGAAUCGAGGGAGUUUGAUGAGAAGGUGGAGGCUAUAGCUAUAGAUGCUGAUGGAAUACGACAUCUGGUAAAGGGACCAGUUCUGCCUCGAGACGUUUGGCAUGAUGCAAAGGGGUUCAGAUACAUUGUCAAGCUCAAUGAAUUCAACCAACCUAUUCGAAAAGGUAGGAAGAUCCUUGUGAGCUUCCUUGGAGAUAUUGCAAAAAAUGAUUCACUUUGUCCAGUGGGAGUCCCAAGUUGGCGUGCUGUGAACAAUCAGUUAAAAACUAAUGUUGUUACAAUGAUUCGGAAACAUUUUGUGUUACCUGAUGGACCUCUAGUUAACAAGGCACUAGUGAUGCGUAUUGACAAACCAUGGAACAAUCAUCGAUACAAAUUGAAGAGGGAUUUUUUCGAUCCAGUGAAUAAAUCUCGAGAAGAGAACUAUGCCAACGUGCCUGAUGGAGUGUCCACUAGGAGUUGGACGGAAUUGGUAGAUUAUUGGCUUUUACCAGAGGCCAUGGAAAAAUCUGAAAUGGGAAAAAAUGCUCGAGCUUUACAAGGCAAUAAGCACAACAGUGGUGCUACAAGCUUUGCUAAUCGAAGAGUUGAUAUGAAAGAGAAGAAAGGAGUGUUUAGCGAAUUGGCAUUUUUCAAAUCAGUUUACGCCAAAGAAGAUGGAAGCUUUAAAGAGGGCACACUUCCUCAUCAAUUUGUGGAGGAUGCCAACAAAAAGGUCCAAGAAAAUCUUGCGAGUUCCUCUUCUUCAAAGCCCGUAAUUGAAAUUGAGAAUGCAGUCUUUAAUGAGCUCAUGUAUAAAGGUGAAGUACCUAAACGUCCUCUGAAUUAUGGAUUUGGAGUGAAGCAAAGCGACAUCUUUGGAGUGGAAGGUUUGCUGAGGAAAGAAGGGUCAAGCUAUGUUAACAACAAUGCUAUGGAAGUGGAGAACAUGAAAGGUGAAAUAUCAGUUGUCAAGAAGCAAAAUGAGGACCUUGCGCAACAAAAUCAAGUUCUAAACACCAAGUUUGAAGAAACAACACAAUCAUUUAAAAUGAUUGCUUCUUUUUUGGGACAAGUUUUGAAGGAAGUACGCAAAGGGAAUGUUUCAUCGAACCUUUUAGAUGGUGCGGAAUCAGCAAUAAAUAUGGUUAGUUAUUUCUGGAAAUUAUUCUGA